AGAGCUUCAGUUCUGGUGAUUCAUUCUUUGGCUAGUGCUAGAAGCGUCUGGAAGUGGAUUUAGUGUUCUCCUGCAUUGAGAAGAGACCAUUUUCCUAGUUCAAAUUUUGCCGAUCAUUGAGGAGUCAUCCCAUAAACCAUUGAGAAAGGUGCAAGAAGUACAUGAACUUGUGAAAUUAGUUUGUAUAAAAAGUGAACCCCUAAUCCAAAACGUAUUCAAUCCAAAAGUGUCGUCUGCCUGUAUCGUUUCUGUCAGGGAAUUUGCUUGUUGUUUUUUGGAAAGUUAAUCGUCAGAAGUGCUAAAGAACUAUAAUUCUGUCAAGGACGGUGUUGAAAUCUCCAUUGAUUAGCCAUUCAGCUUUGUGCAAAGUGCAGUAUUUCGAACAGCGGAAGGUGAUUGAAAAAUAGUUUGUUGCAGACGGAAAAGCUGAAAACAAAAUGGUGUUCCCGAAGAAGCUGAAAGUGACCGUCCUCCGGGAGUCGUCCGGGGAGAAGGAAAACUUCCUGCUGUCCACCGAAAGGCACCGGGAGAUUUGCCAUCGGUUCGACAACCUGAAGAACGAAAUCGUGGCCCGCUAUCCGGAACUGCUGCAGUACGAGGAGAUUAAGUUUGUUUGGAUUGAUGACGAAGGUGACGAGAUCAUCAUUCUGAACCACGCCGAUUACUACGACUACCUGGACGCCCCCGGUUUGGCGAUCAAAAGGCGUAUCUACGUCAGGGGCGUAAACAAGCUGCCCCAGGAGCAGCCAGCAGUGCAAGCAGCUUCGGCUUCCCAAGUUCAUCUGGAAGCACCGAUGGACCAGGAUUCCGCGGCGUCCAGGAACGAGUCCACCGCACAGGAUUCACCGGGCGGUGAGGAUCUUCCGCUCCACAGCAACAUCGUGUGCGAUGUUUGCGACGAAACGAUCCGUGGCCAUCGGUACAAGUGCUUGCAGUGCUUCAACUAUGAUCUCUGCAUGCGUUGCGAGGGCCGAAUGCGCCACAAGGACCAUCUGAUGGUUCGCAUCCCGACGCCGGAGGUAAACCGACGGUCGCCGUUCCGACUGUUCGAGAAACUUCGCAGCUAUGCUGCCGAGGUGGGCGCCCAGUCCGGGUUCGCCGCGGCUAACGAUUUCCGCGAAGACGACUACGAGAACUCGAAACGGUCCAAGCGACACCAUCGCCGAACCAGUAAGGACCGCGAAGACUCCAAGGAACGCCGCGAAGAGAAGGAACGUAAGGAACGCAAACAACGCCGCGAACGUUGCGCCAAAUCUUCGGAGGAUCGCCGUAGCGGUCAUCGCCACCGAUUCGGACAUGGAUUCAACUUUUCGCAUCUGAUCAAUCAGGUCAUCGAUCCUGCUAACAUUCAAUCUGCUUUCAUUUCGGCUGACGCUGCGGCGGCUGCUGCCGCUGCCGCUGCAGAAUCCGCCGAGGAAGCUGUCCGAGCAAGCAUGGCCAAUUGCCCCUUGUUUGCCGCGACUUCUAGUCGUCCGACUUCUGCUUCAGCUACCGCUUCUGCUUCGGCUUCGGCUUCAACAUCGGCGCCGACUCAACCUGAACCCAACUUUACACCAACUACGGAAAACCCCCAAGAAGGAUCAUCAACCUCAUCAAUGAACGCAGAGCCACAGGCUCAGCAAUCCACCAAAUCCUCCCCUAAUUCCCCAAGCUCGCCCAAGCAAGCUCAAGAUGUUAUCGACCUGUCCUGGUUGGCUCCGACACCCGAGAGCAUUCAGAAAAUCAAUCAAACCUUCUCGAAGAUUUUGGAUCCACUUGGAAUGAACAUCGAGAUCCGCUCUAACGGAUCUCCGAAGCCUGCCCAAACACAAACUCCAACCGAGGAGAAGAAAGACAAAACGACGGAGACGGCCAAUACACCUACCACUAGCACCCCCAGUCAAACACCGCCGGGAGGUGCCGGAACAAGCAGCAAAGCCACCGAAAUGGAUCCAAUCGUUGAACUCGAGAAGAAGCUGAAAGCCGUUCUGAUGGAUCGGCCCGCCGUUUCCAAGAAAUCCCCAGUUCAGACAGACGCUACCAUGGGGAGUAGUGAUGAAGACGAUUGCUCUUCGGUAAGCAGCGUCUCGUUGUUGAGUGACAAUGAUGAUUCCAUGGGAGCCGCAGAGAAAGCCGAGAAAAGAUGGACCAUGUUGGAUAUUCCCAAUGAUGGUGCGCAUGACACGACCCAGAAAGCUACAACAAGCGCGGAAGACGUUGCUCCGGAGUCCACGGCAGUCAAAGCACCAGAACCUGCCGUAGCUUCCACAUCUUCUAUACCUGCUACCCCUGCUGCUACUGCGGCUGGAAGCUAUCCAGAGGCGGGUUCUGCAUCUUCCGCCAACAAUGGUAGCACCUCGAAGCCCAUCGACUACGAACAGCUUGGAAAAGCAUUGAAGCAACAUCUGGAAGCUGAGCAACAAGCUGCUUCGGCUAAAAGUGCAUCUCCCAGCCCGACUACACCAUCGGAAGCCUCGAAAAAAGCCGCAACGCCACCCCCGGCCGUUGUCGUAUCGGCUCCAGUAGCGCAAACUAGACCAGCGCCGAAUGUGGUGUUCAGUCACAGGCCUCACGUUAAUCACGCCGUUCAUGCCAUGAUGUCCAUGGGAUUCAGCAAUGAGGGAGGUUGGCUUACGCAGCUGCUGGAUUCGGUCAACGGCGACAUCCCGAGGGCGCUGGAUCUGUUGACGCCGCAUAAGAUCAAUCCUUGAAUUUCUUACUACUAUUGAACUAUUUUAUGAUACUUUCAUAUGCUAGUGAUUACAAUGAUUCAAUGUUAGCAAUACUAUAAAACAUGCAACACUACACAAAUUAUUGAUAUGCCACACUGUUAUGUGACCUUUGAUACAAAAUGAUUAGCUGUAGUAACUGAAACGAGGUGAUAGCAAGUAGGAAGUAAGAAUUUUACUCACAAACACAUAUUAUUUUUGUUUUGGGUAACUUCCCCAUAAAUUUAUUUAUAAUUUAUUCGAAACCAUAAAUAAUUGAUUUUACUUUAAAAGGCUGUAUGUACAACUUAUAUUGUUUAUGUAAACAGACCUUUUACUAUAUUCACAAUACACAUAUUAUACUUGUGCAUUCGAUAUGAAGAAGAAAUAAAUAAAAAUUAAAAACUAUCGUUUGAA